AUGCUGCCGCUGUGGCUGCUGCUGCUCUGGGGGAUGAAGGAGGUAGAGGGUGGGGCUGAUUCCAUAGAGGGUUACAGCCUGGAUGUGGAAAAGACUGUGGUGGUGCAAGAGGGCCUGUGUAUCCAGGUACCCUGUAAGUUCACCUACCGCAAGGAGGAAUGGACUGACUCAGACCCAGUUCAUGGAUACUGGUUCCGUAAGGGAGCCGACACAGAGAAGGCUCUCCCAGUGGCCACAAAUAACCGAGGGCGGCCAGCACUGCCUAGGACCCGGAACCGAUUCUUCCUGCUCGGAGAACCAUGGAAGAACAACUGCUCCCUGUAUAUCAGAGAGACCAGGAAGAACGACACGGGGUCAUACUUCUUUCGCCUGGAGAGAGGAAAAGCGAAGUUUAAUUAUAAGCAGAACAUGAUGACUCUGCAAGUGACAGACCUCACUAACACCCCCGACAUCCUUAUCCCGGAGACCCUGGAGGCUGGCCGUCCCAGCAACCUGACCUGCUCUGCGCCUUGGGCCUGUGGGUCCCCCACCUUCUCCUGGACUGGUACCUCUGUGUCACUCUUGAGCACCAACACCACUGGUUCCUCAGUGCUGACUGUCACCCCCCAGCCCCGGGACCAUGGCACCAACCUCACUUGUCAGGUGACCCUGCCUGGAGCUGGUGUGACCACAAGAACGACCAUCUGUCUCAACGUGUCAUAUGCUCCAAAGAAUCUGACUGUGACCAUCUCUCAAGGAGCUGACUCAGAAUCCAUAACUCCAGAGAACAGCUCAUCUCUUCCCAUCUUUGAGGGCCAGUCUCUACGCCUCCUCUGUAGCACUGACAGCUAUCCCCCUGCAAACCUGAGCUGGACCUUGGAUAACCUGAGUCUGUGCCCCUCAAAGCUGUCCAAACCUGGGCUCCUGGAGGUGUUUUCCGUACAUCUUAAGCAUGAAGGAGUGUACACCUGCCAAGCUCAGCAUACCUUGGGCUCCCAGCACUUUUCCCUGAGCCUGUAUCUACAGCGCGGUACAAUUUUAUCUGAAGUGACAAUGGGGGUCUUUGUGGGUGCUGGAGCCACAGUUCUCCUCUUCCUGCUUUGCGGCAUCUUCCUCCUGGUGUUGAGAUCCUGUAGGAGGAGACCAACCAGAUCAGCUGUGGGACCUUCAGAUCCAAACGCCCUCAAGGGCUCAGUUUCUCAGAGUCCUCUGGUUGAACCCCAGGCAGACAACAGUUCUGAACCCCUGCCUUCCGCAGCUGAGACAGCAUCCUCAGCCACAGAGGAAGACAUACAUUAUGCAUCCCUCAGCUUUCGUGAGAUGAAGCCCAAGAGUCCACAGGGGCAGCAGGACACCACCACUGAGUACUCAGAGAUAAAGUUCCACAAGUGACCUGCAUGGCUGUGACCAUGGCUGGAGGAAUAUGGCUAUGCCAGAUAGAGAGUGAGAGAGACUUGGAUCCUGGCUGGCUCUGGAGAAGGACAGAGUCACUAGGUCUGUGUGCACAGGACUCCAGAGCCAUUCCUCCAUCGCACAGGAGUUCUUCUACCGCCCAUGCCCUGCACUCCUUGUCCACCGAUUCCCAGGCUCUGGCAACCACUGGUGCCCAGGAAACCAAAGCUUGACUUUAUUUUGAUUGUUUGUGUGUGGAUGUUUUGCCUGCUUGUAUGUCUGUGCACCACUUACAUGUCUUGUGCUUGCAUAGGUCAUCAGAUCUCCUGGAAUAGGAGUUACGAAGGGUUGUGAGCUGUCACAGGGGUGCUAGAAAUGAACUCAAGUCCUCUGCAAGAGUAGCCAGUGCUCUUAACCACUGAGCCAUCUCUCCAGUCCCUAGGUUAGUUUUCUAGAUUUAAUUUUUGUUUAAAAAUUAGCACAUAUCAUUUACACCAUGAGAAGUUUUGUUAUAUUUUCUUCCAAGUGUAUCAUGGACUUUGACCUUACUCGUCCCUGUUACCUUCUUCUUUCUGUAUUCUGUUAGCUACUAGUUCCCUUUCUCUACCCAAACAGUCCCCUUUCUAGUUUCAAUGCUGUAUGUAUUAGUUACUUUUCUUAUCUUGAUGACAAACACAGAAACAUGAAGGGUGGAGGGGUUUAUUCUGGCCCAUGGUUUCAGACUUUCAUGGUGAGCAGGGCAAUGUGAUGCUCAAGAUAGUGGGUACAUGCGGUGGAGACUCCACACAUCUUGGUGGAUCAGGAAACAGUGGGUUCAGGCCAGAACCAGAAGUAGAUAUUCAUCUUCCAGGCCCAGCCCCAGAUAUCUACUUCUGCAAGUUGGGCCACAUGUCUGAAAGGCUCUGUGGCUUUAGAAAAUAUUGGCAUCAGCUGAGUAUCAAGUAUCCAAAUAUAUAAGCCUGCAUGGACCAUCUACAUUCAAACUGAAACUAGAUGGGUGGAUGACAGAGAUGAUAGAUAGAUAGAUAGAUAGAUAGAUA